UUGUCCCGGCCAGAGCGCGCGCUGCCGCGGGAUCCGGAGCCUCCGCGGCGUGCACCCGGCAGGGCGGGGUGCUACCAAUCGAGCCGAGCCGCGCCGCGCCGGCCGACUCGCUGCCGGGGGUCGCCCCGGGGCAUGGGACAGCCGGCGAGGGUCGCGGGCCGGCGCUGCGCCCCGGGCGGGCGGCGGACGGCCUGAGCUGCCAGACGCAGGAUGCGCUCCGAGGGCGCGGCCCCCCGGCCGGUGGCGCCGCUGUGCGGGGCGCUGAGCCUGGUACUGGGCGCGCUGCUGGGCAAAGUGAUCGAGGGCCGUGGGGUCUCCGACACCAUCCAGAGGUUCUCCUCGCUGCCCCCCUAUCUGCCGGCGAGCUUCCACGUCCUGAGGGCGGAGACCGCCUUCUUCCUGAGGGAGACCAGCCAGGACGUCACGCACAACUCCAGCCUGCAGUCGCGCGUGCAGUCCUUCUUCACCUACAAAGCCAAGCGGCCCCCGGUGUUAAACGCCAGCUAUGGGCCCUUCACCGUGGAGAAGGUGGUGCCUCUGGAUUUGAUGUUGGUGUCAAACUUUCUAGGCCCAACCAGUAAGUUCGGUGUCAACUGGAGGCUGAAGGCCCACAUCCUGCGGGACCGCGUCUACCCGGGCCGGCCCACCGUGCAGGUUCUGUUCCACGUCGUGGGCCGAGACUGGGCCGAGCGCAGCNUCCUGGAAUCCUUCCCCUGCUACGCCGUGCUCGCGGGGGACGAGCGCGGGGACUGUGCCGGCGGGGACGUCAGGAAGGACAACGCCAUCCGCCCGGGGAAGGACGGCCUGGAGGGCACCACGUCCCACCUGCAGAGAAUCGGCGCCGUGGGCCUCUACCCGGCCCAGGACAGCGCCGCUCAGCUCAGGGAGCUGCGUCUGGAUGGCAAUGUGGCCGUCUGGCUGCCCUCCCGGCCGGCCAAGCAGGGAGACGUGGUCACCGUCUAUGUCACCGUCGCCAGCAACUCCACCGUGGACUUCUUCAUCUUGAGAGCCAAGGUGAAGAAGGGGGUGAACAUCCUGAGCACCCGGCCCAGUGAGCCCCGGCAAUGGGACGCCAAGCAAGAGCUGGGAAACGGCGGCAAGCACGCCACCACCACCGUGGUGUGCCAGCGCCUGGGGCCCAGCGCACGCAACAGAAGCAGCAGUUCGUUCAAUGAGGUUGUGCAAAUGAACUUUGAAAUAGCCAGCUUCAGCAGCCUCUCGGGGACCCAGCCCAUCACCUGGCAGGUCGAAUACCCACGGAAGGGAACCACAGACAUCGCCGUGUCUGAGAUUUUCGUCAGCCAGAAGGACCUUGUUGGCAUUGUCCCCUUAGCCAUGGACCUGGAAAUCCUGAACACCGCCAUACUCACAGGGAAGACGGUUGCUUUACCCGUCAAGGUCGUCUCUGUGGAGGAGAACGGGGCCGUGACCGACAUCUCAGAGUCUGUGGAGUGCAAGUCGACGGAUGAGGACGUCAUCAAGGUGUCCGACCGCUGCGAUUACGUCUUUGUCAACGGCAAAGAGAUAAAAGGCAAGGUGGACGCGGUGGUGAACUUCACGUACCAGUACCUGAGCGCCCCCCUGCGUGUCACCGUGUGGGUGCCCCGGCUGCCCCUGCAGAUCGAGGUCUCGGACACGGAGCUGAGCCAGAUCAAAGGCUGGAGGGUCCCCAUCGUGGCCAGUAAGAGGCCCACGCGAGACAGCGAGGACGAAGACGAGGACGAGAGGCGGGGCCGGGGCUGCGCCCUGCAGUACCAGCAUGCCACCGUGCGCGUCCUCACCCAGUUUGUGGCUGAGGGCGCCGGCCCGUGGGGACAGCUGAGCCACCUGCUCAGCCCCGACUGGCAGGUGGACAUCACUCACCUGGUGGCUGGCUUCAUGAAGCUGGAGGAACCGCACGUGGCCACCCUCCAGGACAGCAGGAUCCUGGUCGGGCGCGAGGUCGGGAUGACCACCAUCCAGGUGUUGUCCCCACUGUCUGACUCCAUCCUGGCAGAGAAGACAGUCACCGUGUUAGAUGACAAGGUGUCGGUGACAGACUUGGCCAUCCAGCUGGUGGCCGGGCUGUCUGUCACGCUCCACCCCAGCGCGGAGAACAGCAAGGCCAUCACAGCUGUAGCCACGGCUGAGGACACGCUGCGGACCCCCAAACAGGAAGCCGUGGUCAGCACUUGGCUCCAGUUCAGCGACGACACCGGCCCCCAGCUGGGAGUCAUGAAUAAGCGUGACUCCGGGGUGCCUUCUGGGGACCCGGGUCACCCUGCUGGAGAGAGGACCUUCUCAGUGCUCACAUGGUCCCAGGCGCUCUCCAUCGGCGGCGUGGUCACAGGUCCCCAAGUCUGUGCUUCACCCCGAGAAGCUCUCCUGGGCGCCCUGAGCAGUGAUUCUCACAAGACCUCGUCAGAGCAUCUCAGUCCCCUGUUCCAGGUCGCCCAGGGGUCCCCGGCUCACGCAGAGGCACAGUCCAGCCAGGUCUGA